UCUUGUUUUCUUCUUUAAUUUAAUAUAUGGAAAAUUACCACUAUGAGAAGAAGCCAAGAGUUAUGUGCCUCCAUGGCCAUGCAACUAGUGCUAAUAUAUUGAAGAAAGAAUUGGAACUUGGUUGGCCACAAUAUUUACUUGAUAAGCUAGAUUUGGUGUUCUUGGAUGCACCUUUUUUACUUCAAGAUAAAGUGGAUUCUCAUGACAUUUUUUAUCCACCCUACUAUGAAUGGUUCCAAGCUACUGAGGACUACAACGAAAUUUACAAUUUUGAAGAAUGUAUUCAAUAUGUUGAAGCUAACAUGGUGAAGUUUGGACCAUUUGAUGGUGUUUUAGGUCUCAGUCAGGGAGCAAUUGUAGCUGCAUCAAUGCCUGGAAUGCAAAGGGAUAGAGUGGCUCUAACCAAAGUCCCAAAAAUUAAAUUUGUGAUGUUAAUAGCUAAACAACUAACUGUGAAAUCUACUGGUCACGCAAAUUCAUGGCAGAACCAUGAAAAACACACGGAAAACCCAACACUUAUCCAUUCAAGACAAUGA